UUAGGAAGUCCGUUUUUCUUUUUCGGGCCCAACUCGUCGAGCAGAUCGUGAGAUGAUUUGCCCCAAUAGUAAUCUAACUGGGGAACCGCACGGGCUUCGCACCCUUGCUUGCCUGAUGCCCCUUCUGUGGGAGAAGGGUUUUGUCUUAUUCUUUGUUUAUGGCCAUUUCGAAGUCAUUGAUGAUUACAUCAGUCAUCUCCACAGUUGUUUCGGGCUAGGCCCGUAUCGCAGAGGUGAGUGCCGUAAGCAUCAUUUGUGCAAAAAAGUUCAGGAUCACAGCACCGUUGCCGGAUUUGCGCUAACGCUUCCUUUUUUUAAGAUUUCCUCUUAAGAGAUCUCUAAAUUUCAAAAGCCUUAUGUCUGACGUUUUGGCGGUUCAAGCAGUACGAAACAAAGACAUUGUCAGUGACCUGGUAGACUAUCUAUUCACAUAGUUCAUUUCGCAUAAAGGUACUGUUGGCGUUUGUAAACCAAAUUAUGACAGAUAUCGCUGUCCACUAUAGUUAAACUAGUAACGACGAAUGAGUGAGCCUUAAUAGGGCCACGUUUAGAGGUCGUGUAUAGCUGAGUUUUUCAAAAUGGAUACAAGACAGCUACUAAAGCAAUGAGCCUCCACAAAUGAUUUUGAUGAGACCUUGUGCAUCUUAUUGCUUUGUACAGUUUAAAGUUAGGAAGGUGGCCGGAAGAAGUGUAGUAUGUUAAUGUGUGUUCUGUUAUUCUGACAUCGUUAUCACCAUCGUCAGCAACAGCAGUCCUGCACGAUCGAUCCGGCAGGGGUCAUUCGUAUCGGGUUUUACAGAAGCGAUGUGAUGUGAUGUGAUGGGAAAGGCUGAGAUGAUUUAUUUAUAAAUGUACAGAGUGAGUAACGAAAUUGAAAAAAAUCAGGCCGUAAGUGGUUUGGCGAACAAAGAUGGCGUACCUAUCGUCAAGUGUGACAAGUUAGCGGUUGAAGUGAUUAAAACGGCUGUAAAAUGUACUUAGCUCCACCCUGCAAAGUCAAACUUCUCCGAGGGUCCAUUAUUAAGGCCGAUGCAGAAGCAAGAUCGAAUACAGAAAGUACUAAUUCUUCAUAUGUUAAGAGUGAACAUCCCAAGCGUGGUUGUUUGAUGUUCGAGCUGAUCAUAAUGAGGCUGUACUUAUAUUGGGUUGUCGAGAAAAUAUUGACCAUUUUCUCGCCAGAUGGCUUCGAAGUUACAGGUCUCAGGUUAUAAGUCCUGCAGAUGGAUGAUUUCUGCAAAAAUUAGUUGUACUUUAUAAUUUCCUUAUGAUAAAAGCAUAGCUGUUCUCUAGACGCAUAAAAAAAUGCUAUGGGCCACUAUUAAAAGAAAUGGACUAAGUGGUUCCGUCGCUUCCUUCUCCCAUGUCGCACUUUUGAAACCAAUUACGAGAAAAGUUGGUGAAUUUAUUGUGGAAGGUGAGAACUAAGCGUCCAUCGCCAAAUACUUUCAACUUACUUGAAACAAGUUUGCUAACAAAAAGUAAGUUCAAUGUUUCGUUGCCGCACGGCGUUGACGCGAAUGAGUUUAAUGGAUCGCGUUUCCAUCAGUGAUACUAUUAAUAGCAUCACAACAAAAUCAAAUCAGCUAUAGAGCGAUUCGUUACGGGUGAUGAAAAAUGGGUCAUAAUAGAAUGCUACCUAACGUGCCCAGAAUGUGCAUCGUAAAUAGCUGCUAUCUGGAGAAAUGAUUUACUCGAACCUUUGCUGUUAACGACUAAUAAGAUUAUAACGACCCCCUGAAAAAAAUCUGCCGGAACUACCGAGCACUGUUACAAUGUCAGAGCUACCCAGAAGAGUUGAAAUAACUUAAACAGAAAAUUUUAACACAUAGCUGGAUCCUGCACCAUCAAACUGGCAUUGUUUCCGCUGCUGCACAAUUUCGUUAAUGAUGUUAAUUUUGUUUCUAUAAAGGUAUCAAAAAAUCACAAUUUUCACUCGUGAGCUACAAAUUUACAGUGAUGCAACUUUCGUGAAAUAUGGUAGGAAUUGAUUAAGAUGAUGCAUUGUUUAGCUUAACAAUAUCAUUUUCAAAGUAAAAAAUAUUUUCCUUAAUUUUUCUUCAAAAACGGUCGGCAUUUCCCACGGAGCUUUACAUAUACUCGAGUAACUGCAGACUACUAAAUCAAUGAUUCUCAAAAGAUGAAGGUCCGUCAGCUUAAGUAUUUCAAAAAGUAUCAGAUGUUUGAGAGCUAUAGAUUUACUAGUGUAGCAAAAAUGCUAAGCAGUGAUCAUUUUCUUCAAUUUGAACAGAGCACUUAAUAGAUUAUCUAUUAUACGAAUAGAUCCCAUAGAUAACGAGAUGGCAAAGCGGUCAAGAAUCAACGAAAGUCUUUAAAGAACGGUCAACUGACGUAUCUCUUUAAUCCGUCUGUAUCAUGCGUGUAAGCCAUUAUAGUUAUGCUUCUGUUUACCCCUCUAAAUGCUUGAUAAAUCAGAGUAAACCAUGCCUCCAGUAUACGUGGCGCAAGUAUUAAACGGAGGCAUGUUGAUUCAGAAGUCCGACGUAAGGUUCACAUGCGGGCGCACAAACGUACCUCGCGACGAAAACCGUUGCAAAGGCAUUAUACGCGUAACACGUCUUUGCUGAUAAUUGGCAAUCUAUUCCAUUCUGCGAAGCGGCGCGACGGAUGAUAACGCUCCGAUUAUGGAUUCAUCAUGUCGUAUAUAUUCCAACUCAUGAUGACCUCGGAGAGCCCCGUUUCCCAGCUGCUGAAAUCAAAAGCUCGCGUCCUCACCUGACAUGUGCAUCUUAUUUUCCCCUAUAUUAUCUCGAUGCUGUCAGGGGCAAUGCGUAGGGCAGCAAUAAGUCGAUCACGAACUGUCGAAUUUGUGGGGAAGGGGUGUGCGGCAAGGGAAGCCAGCUAUUUGACGUAAUUCGGUAUCUGCCUUUGCGCUCACUUAGCUCGACAGUUUCGCGGGCGCUGGCGCCCGUGUCCCCGCCGUCGCGUCGGCAGUUGCUCUAUUAUAUUUUUUGGCUUCUGUAAGGAUGAGGAUGUUUCCUAGACGUAGUAGCAAUGAUAGCAGAAGGAUAUGACUGUGAAUUUUGCACACAUAUACAGUAUAAGACGUUGUCAUAAGCUGCUUUGUUAGCAUCGGAGAGUAGACCAAACAGAUAGACCUUCAAGACUGAAGAAGUCAGUGGCGGCCUAUCUGUGAGCAAAAGGCUUAGUCGCUAAAAUAGCGCGGGUCUUUGGGCUCCCGCAACACAAACGGCUGUCGCCAUGUUCAAGUUCAUCACGGGCCGCCGAGGAUAUGCACUCGAACGAGCGAAAAUUGUAAAGGAAUUGUACGCCUUUUCGCGGACGAUGUCUCAUGGCUUCCCGCACGCUCCAUCCUGCUUUGCGUUAGAUGAGGAACUAUCUUUAUUUUGUAUAUGCACGAAAGCUGGCACGGUCCGAGUAUACGGUCGACCUGGAGUUGAAUUCAUCAGUUACCAUCCUUCUGAAGGAAGCGUUAUACAAGCCCACUUUGUACCGGGCCAGGGACGGUUGGUGACCCUUGGUGAUAACAAUGAACUGUCGCUAUGGGAAAUUGUGGAUACUCAGCUUGAACUUGUCGAGACCAUUUCAGACUUUAAGAAACCUAUCUUUAGCAUUUGUGUGACUCCAAACAAGAAGCAAAGCUAUAUCGGUACUGAAUUGGGGGACGUCCAUGUGUUGGACCUUGACACGUUCAAGUUCACUGACAUCGUCGUGCAAAGAGAUCUCAUUACAGAAAAGGUGUCCGAUGAUUUUAAGGUUAGUCCCGGCGGUGUCGAAUGUAUUCGCUGCAUAAAUCAGGAUCAAUGCGUCAUUGGCUACCAGCGAGGAAUCCUCGUCCUUUUCGAUAUCUCGAAACUCUCGGUUAAGCAAACGUACAUAUCUCGGAAGGAGCUUUCCUCAGUUUACAUUAUUGAUGAAAGCAAGUUCGUCUCGUGUCACAGAGAUGGCGGUUUUGCGGUUUGGAGCACUAUCCUUUCAUCUUCUACAAAACACGUCGAUCAAAUCUAUGGUCCCCACCCGUGCAAGCCUAUAGAUAAACUGUACGCAUUCGACAAUGAGCGAACCCUGAUAUUUUCAGGAGGAAUGCCACGGGCCCAAUACGGCGAUCGAUCUACGUUGUCGGUUCAUCAUGGUCCUAUUGAGCGUAAAGUGUUCGAGUUUACGUCAAAGGUGAUCGACUUUUUCGUCGUAGCCAAGAAGGUGAUUGUCGUUCUGGCGGAAGAGGAAAUCGUAGCGAUCAGCCUAAAUGAUUUUAAGCAAAUUCCGUUGCCAUAUCUGUUUCCAUUGCACUGCUCAGCCAUCACUAACGUGAUUCAUGCCCCAGGUGUUCCUCAAGAGAUCGUGACGAAGCUCACUGAUACCCUCAGCAACGAUGACUGGUCCACUGCGCCGUGGCCGAUUACCGGGGGCAAAUUACCCGACAAAAUAGAAAAAGAUGACAAGGAAGAAAAGAAAGACAAGAGUAAGGGGGCGGAAGCGGAAAAGUGUGAACUCAUUCUCACAGGUCACGAGGAUGGAAGUGUACGAAUCUACGAUGCAACUGGAGUAGUCAUGAAGUUGCUUGCCUGUAUCCGCACAAACUUCGUGUUCAAUGAACGCUGUCACGAGGCGUCGCGCAGUGUAGACCAAGACGAAGAUGAGUUUCUACAAUUCACAAAGGUUGGUUUCUUUGAUCCGUAUUCAGACGAUCCCCGGUUUGCAGUUAAGAAGCUCGCUUUCAAUUCAGAAACUGGAACACUCGUCGUAGGAGGCACUGCUGGACAAGUCCUUGUGUUAGGACUGGAAAAGAAGAAUGAUCCUAAGGUAGUUACUCUAAAUCUUGUUGGCGAUCGUGACCAAUUCGUAUGGAAAGGCCACGAUGAAUUGAACUAUGACCCAGAGGGUAAUCUUAAGAGUAACUACCAUGUCUUUUGUUUGGUGCAAGUACUACCUCCAGCUGGCUUGACGGCACUCGCUAUCACAGAAAAAUGGGGUCUCGUCGCAGCUGGUACAGCUCAUGGUUUCGGCUGCGUCGACCUGUUAUCCGAACAGGUGGUGAUGUUCAAAUGCACAUUGAGCGUAAGCGACUUGGGAGGCGUAGGGGCGCAUUCAGGUGACAUGGUGCGUCGUAAGAGCUUCAAAAAGUCACUCAGGGAAAGUUUCCGUCGCCUACGCAAAGGUCGUUCGCAACGCGGAAAAACGGCAAAAAAUUUAGACGAUGUCAAACCGGUUGAGAGGCAAGUAGAAUCGAGAAUUAUGCAGGACGAUGGGCUCUCGUCAAUGGUUCGUUCUCUAGUAUUUAGCGAUGCAUAUAUCCUCUCGCACGCAAACACAUCCCGUACUUUUUGGGCAUCUACAAAUCAGGGAUCCGUGUUUGUUUAUACGCUAAAGCGCAGCGGCGAUGACAACCAGGCAACAAUGUCUCUGUGCAAAGAAAUACAUUUAAAGCACCAUGCUCCUGUUCUCGGUGUAUUUGUAGUUGACUCCCAUGGAUAUUUAUGCCAUGAAAAUCCGCCGAAGGAAAGCCCUAUACCCAAUUUGUGGCGGGUAGUUAUUUGCUCAGAGGAACAGAUCAAAGUGUUUUCGCUACCUCAACUUAAACCCUUACAUAAAGUAAAGUUGACUGCUAAUGAGGGGUCCCGAUUGCGCAAGCUCCAAGCAGCAGAGUUCUCCAAUUCUGAGCGUAAUGAAUUCUGUUUGGUAGCCAUGACGAAUCAAGGUCAAGCUAUGGUGUUCUCACUGCCCGAUCUGCGCCGGAUAAUUACGGCCGAUUGUUGCCGCAAGGAUGACAUCAAUGGAAUCUCGUCAACUGUUUUUACACCAUUUGGGGAAGGUUUCUAUCUCAACUCAGCCUCGGAGCUCGAUCGUGUCUCAGUGUCAGCUACAAAAGCGACGGCUCCUAUGGGAGUAUUAGUGCUGGAUGAGGAUGCACGGCCAAAGCGAAAGCGUUCGGUCAAAAAGAAGGACACCGUCAAGGAGAAGGAGGUGGCCAAGGAAAUAAUCAAGGAACGUCGAAGCUCCACACCGGAAAAACGUCGAAGCUCUACACCGGAACGCAAAGACCGUAAAUCCGCUACCCUAGAGAAAAAGGAUAAAGAGCCUACAGCUGAAAAGAAGGACAAUAAAGUCACGACUGAAAAUGAUCGCAAGGUCGACACGAAAGAAUCACAUGACAAACGGAAACAGCAAACGAUCGCUAUUGAAAAGAUUGAAGAUGGCACCGGUGAACGGAGGGUCGAAAGUGAACACGUGGAUGAACGGAAAGUCAAGGAACAGGUCGAGGAGGGCGAAGGAUACAAGGUUGAAACAGUUGAAGUUGUGGUCACUAAAAAGGCAGUCGUUGUUUCGGAGGAAACCCGAGUAGUUAACGGCAGAGAUCCUGAUCUAAUAGGGAAGAUUAUUGGAAAUUUUACCGAAGAGGUAACAGGCGGCCUUGAAGAUCUGGAGUCACCGAAUACCGAUUCUGGGAUCAGCUCGGUGGUGGAGGAGAUGAAGUCGCUUGAGGUGUCGCCAUCAGCAACCGAUGCCGAAGAUUCGACCAUUAUUAUCGAACGCAGUCAGGAACAGCAGAUCGAGAGUACCACGGUCCAUGAAUUAACGGAGAAAAUGCAACAAACCACGCAGGAAGGACAGAUGGACAAAAUCGCCGAAAAAAAGUUGGUUAAGGUGGUCGAACACAUGAGCAGUUCAAUGCAGGAAUCUCGCUGCAGCUCACAGAACCAAACGACGAAAAAGGUAAUGCAGUCGUCAACGUCAUCUAAUUCAACCAGCAAUUCAAAAAAUUCUCGCAGCCGCAAGAGGAAAGGACGCAAUGGAAACGGUACCUUACCAAACGGGUCCAAGUAACCUAAAAAUUGAGGCAACGGACCUGAUUACCACGUCGUGUGUAAUCUUCAACCCUAUGCAAGCGACUGCUGACAACGUUGGCAUCAAAGUUUUGCAUAGCCCAAUAUAUAGGAUUUGUUUGACCAGUCAUCAUAAAGUGCUGCAUUGGUAAUAAAUGGUUCACGGUUGGGUCUGUGCAACGGUAAGGAUUAUACCCAGCAUUCGAUCACGGAACAGGAGAAGAGAGUGCAUCUUGUUAAGAUAGUCGAAACGAACGUAAUCUUUACUCGGAAGGCCGGACAGCAGGAGGACAUGGAUCGUUCCAGCAUGCUGCCUCGUCGAGUUUCAACAGGAUGAGCUCGAUUGGAAAACGGAUCAACAGAUAGGCAGAUGUCAUUGGCUUUGGGGGCAUAGAUUACGAGCAACAUUUUGUUAUCUUCACCGUUCACCUAUAUCAAGUGGAAACAGUUGAAAGUUUUUUUUUGUGUACCGGUGAAUCUGUAAGUUCAUUACCUUUUGAACGGAGCACCAAAACAUUACUGGCAGCUAAACAGGCAGCAAACAGAUUUGUUAACGACAGAUUGGGCAGCGGAGACCUUGUGUCAAACAUUGUGUGUUCUUAAUUUUUUCUGUGCCCUUCGAUUGGUCCCACGUCAAUCGCGCAAUGUCUUUUCGUCGAAAGCGGGACACUGUCGUACAAACAUAGGUGUUCCUAGCUAUAAUUUCGAUGGAUAUUAGGUAAAAGAAUAGGAUAUGACAAGAUACUUUGCAAAAAAAAAGUGCUACUUUCUAUAUUUUAGUUUGGGUACAGCACAACAGAUAUAAAGCGCGUAUAUUUUAUGUGCUAUCGAAGCACUGAAAAACUCCAAUAAUGCGAUUUAACUACAGCCCCAUCUAGCGCAAAAACACACACACAUAUAUAUAUAUACAUCAAGAUAUACAAUUUCAUUCGUUCAUUGAGACCGCUCAUGCCUCUUUUGCUCGAUUCUGAUACAAGCGCAUUGGAGAAACUAUUAGACCGGCAACGAUGCAGGAUGCACGCUUAUCUGACCACGAUCAUAAUCGUCAGAGCAGCGUAUAUACCAUAUGCACACAGACAACACAUUUCACUAUUAAUGAAGAUAUAUUCCUAAUAUUUUUUUUAUUAUAAUUAUACACGAUAGUAGAAAAUGGAGCUCGUUUUUUGCAUUCACGAGCGUGAACUAGACGAAGCGUCUUCUUGUAUAUAUAUAUAUCUCAUUGGAUGUAGCAGUGACGAGUGCCUUAAGUAUACAAUAUAUAUACGUAUAUAUUUCUUGUGCCUCUUUUACUAUAAUUAGCUGUACACGAGGUAGUUACGGAUUCGGUUUCACGCAUUUAUUUAUUUUGCAAGGGAUGUGAGAUUUCCGAAAAAGUGUGACGGCAUAAUUUAUCGGUAAACACGGUUCGCCUCUACUAGUACCAUUAUAUUUUUUUUUAUUAACAAUUCAUAAGCCUUGCUGUUUCUACUAUAUUCUUCUCUUGCUUUGAAAUAAGGACACUGGUCCUAUUCAAAUGGUCCAUGUUUGGCCAACAGAGCAACGGCAAAGCAUAUCCUCAUUAACUUUCGGAAUGUCUUUUGGAAAGAAAAUAUUCAUUUGAUAUUCUGUAUUUCACGGAGAUCAUUAUGGGCCUUCUAUUUGGCAUGCGGAAAGCAGGGUGACACAAAAUUACUUACAAUAACUUAAGCCGAUUGAAACAGGCACCCAUUUCAAUAUGCAUCGCUUUUAAUUUGGUAGAAAUUAGGCUGUGAAAAGCUUUCUAAAGAUAUAUUUUCAAUUCAGCUAUAGUGAAAAUGUUAGGAGAAGCGGUUAGUUUCAUACAUUGGCCAACGGUAUUAAAGGAAAAAAACACUAACUUGAUACAAAAAAAAAAAAAGAAGUAAAAG